UUUGAUUAUCAAUCAUUAUCAAUAAUCUUGCCACAAACCCUUACAAUCUCAUUCUCAUACACCACCCAAUCUCUCUCUCUCUCUCUCUCUCUCUCCAAUCCUCUGUUCUUCACUUUAUUUUCAAAUCCUCCAAAAAUCCUUUCACAACAAAAUCUGACUGCAAAAAGAUUAUAUGUCGCUUAAGUGGUGAUAUUAUUCAAACCACCAACAAAAAAACACUAAAAUCACAAUGCAAUCCAUUAAAAACAUGACCCCAUUUCCCUUUCUGCUUCUUCUUCUUGCCCUGUUCUUCGUUUUCUCAAAUGGGUCACCCACUUCAGGGGGGAAAUAUGAGUUAGUGGAAAGUUUGGGGGCUAAAAGGUUACUAGCUGAUGAACCAUAUGUUGUGAAUUCAUCACUUGUAUUAGCUCAAGAAAGAACAACAAGAAAAGAUCCACUUGAUGGUUUUAAGAAAUACAGAGGAGGAUGGAACAUCAGUGAGAAACAUUAUUGGGCUUCUGUGGCGUUUACUGCUGUACCAUUCUUUGCUAUGGCAGCUGCGUGGUUUGUGUUCUUUGGGCUGUGCUUAGCAGUGAUUUGCCUGUGCUAUUGUUGCUGUGCACGAGAACCGUAUGGCUAUUCCAGCCUAGCUUAUGCCCUCUCGCUUAUUCUCCUCAUCCUCUUUACCAUCCUUGCAAUUGUGGGAUGUGUCGUUUUAUACACGGGUCAAGGGAAAUUCUACCAUAGUACAACCAAAACAUUGGAUUACGUUGUCAGUCAGGCAAAUACAACUGCACAAAACCUCAGGAAUUUGUCUGACGUUCUUGUUUCUGCAAAGAAAAUAGGGGUGGCCCAAGUUUUCUUGCCGGUUCAAGUCCAAUCAGACAUUGAUGAGAUUCAGACAAAGCUCAACUCAUCAUCUUAUACCCUUUCUGAUACAACCGAAGAUAAUAAAGAUGACAUACAGCGGGUCCUAAAUAGCGUGCGGUUAGCCCUCAUUAUUUUGUCAGCUGUGAUGCUCUUGUUGACAUUCCUUGGAUUUGUGUUCUCAAUCUUUGGCAUGCAAUGUAUGGUUUACACCCUUGUGAUAUUUGGAUGGAUUCUUGUGACGGGAACGUUUAUACUGGCUGGAGUGUUCCUCGUUUUGCACAAUGUGACUGCAGAUACUUGUGUAUCGAUGAAUCAGUGGGUUGAGAACCCGACAGCUCAUACGGCUUUAGACGACAUUCUUCCAUGCGUAGACAACGCCACCGCUCAAGAAACUUCACAGAGGACCAAGGAAGUCACCUCUCAACUUGUUAAUGUCAUCAACCAAGUCAUCACUAAUGUCACUAAUAUCAACUUUGCCCCAAAUUUCACCCCUCUCUUUUUCAAUCAAUCUGGACCCAAGAUGCCCCUUCUUUGCAAUCCCUUUAAGCCCGACUUCACCGAUCGAACUUGUGACCCUACAGAAGUCUCUUUGGGCAAUGCCACACAGGUGUACGGUCAAUUUGUUUGUCAAGUUUCACCGAGUGGGAUCUGCACCACCACGGGGCGCCUGACUCCUGACUUCUACAGUCAAAUGUCGGCGGGAAUAAAAGUAUGCUAUGGGUUGUACCUCUACGGGCCUUUUCUGGUGGAUCUUCAAGACUGCACGUUUGUGAGACAAACGUUCACGGACAUAUCACAUGACCACUGUCCGGGUCUGAGGCGUUACAGCAACUGGAUUUAUGUUGGGCUGCUGAUGGUCUCGUUGGCGGUGUUACUGUCUCUUGUGUUUUGGGUCGUUUAUGGAAGAGAAAGAAAGCAUCGUGUCUACACGAAAACACUCAUAGCAAGAACACAUGGUGACAAGGGUAUUGAAGGAUGAGGUGAUGUUUGUGAAUAGUUUUGAUGGUGGUGGUCUUUGUUGAUUAUAGUAGCUUGUAGUGUAUGCGUUGAGAGCCAUGUUUGCUAUGAUAUUUUGGAUUCAUCUAGUAUAUGAUUUAAAUUUAUAUUAUAUAUGAAUGCUACUCUAAUGUUUCGAAUUUUCUGCA